UUCUAAGAUCCCAAACACUGGUCAACAAGGAAAAGAAAAAAGUUGUAACAGAAUUCACGCCGAGAAAGAGAGAGAAAAUUCCCCUCCUCCAAACUCUUCCAAAUUCUCCACCAGGAAACUGAGGGACAAGAUUUUCUCAGUGAGAGACUUUGGAAAUUGUGAUGGCUGGAUACAGGGCAGAAGAUGACUAUGACUACCUCUUCAAGGUGGUUCUGAUAGGGGAUUCUGGUGUGGGCAAGUCCAAUUUGCUAUCAAGAUUCACUAGGAACGAGUUCUCUCUCGAAUCAAAGUCCACCAUCGGCGUUGAGUUCGCUACCAGGAGCUUGAAAGUGGACGGUAAGGUCAUUAAAGCUCAGAUUUGGGACACAGCUGGCCAAGAAAGGUACCGAGCCAUUACAAGCGCGUACUAUCGAGGUGCAGUUGGUGCAUUGCUGGUAUUUGAUGUAACCCGUCACUCCACGUUUGAAAAUGUGGAGAGGUGGCUAAGGGAAUUAAGGGAUCACACAGACCCAAACAUUGUAGUUAUGCUUAUUGGUAACAAAUCAGAUCUUCGACACCUAGUGGCUGUCACGACUGACGAUGGAAAGUCGUUUGCGGAAAGGGAGUCUCUCUACUUCAUGGAGACCUCUGCUUUGGAAGCCAAGAAUGUUGAUAACGCAUUUUCUGAAAUUCUCACACAGAUAUAUCAUAUUGUAAGCAAGAAGGCCAUGAUGGAAGCUGAUGGAGCUUCUACAAAUGUCCCCACAGGUGAAAAGAUUGACGUAACUAAAGAUGUUUCUGCUAUGAAGAAGGGCGGGUGUUGCUCGAGCUAAGGUUUUUCCUAAUCUAGAUUUCCUUGAGUUUUAAUAAUAUAUCCAUGACUAUAUAUAUAUAUAUACAUAUCUUAUUUAGCUUGCACACUUUGAUUGUUUACAAUGUCUUACUUUAGGAGAUUGGGAUGGAAAAUUUGUGCGUUGAAUAUUUAUUUAUUUUAUUCUCCAAAUUGUUGA